CCUUGGCUUAAAUCCAAAAUUUGAUGGCAAGAAUGUUCCUGUUGCUGUGUCAACUGCAUCCAAUGGAUUCAUUGCUUAUUUAACAGAUCCAAAUUAUUGUAAUGGAAUUGCUAGUAAUAAUGAGACUGUUUGUAAUGGUCAUGGUCAAUGUCAAAAAGAUGGCAGUUGCCUUUGUAGUUCAGGUUUUGGUGAUCAGUGUGAAUUCCCAACUUGUAACGAAAUCCACUUUAAUGAAACAAAUGUGUGUAAUGGAUAUGGUAACUGCACUUCUUAUGAUACUUGUUCCUGUAAUGCUGGAUGGUCUGGUCAAUACUGUACCGAUUUUUUUACUUGUUAUUCAAUUGCCUCAUAUAAUAGCUCUGUUUGUUCUGGAAAUGGUUUAUGUUAUGCAUCAAAUAAGUGUAAAUGUAAUGAUGGAUGGACUGGAUCUAAUUGUGAUAUGUAUACCUGUUUUGGUAUUGCAGCAGAUAAUGCCACUGUUUGUAGCAGACAUGGUACUUGCAAUUCUGAUCAUACUUGUACAUGCAACGGAGAUUGGACUGGUGAUAAUUGUAAUAUACCUAUUUGUUUUGGUUUUAGUGGAGGGGAAAGUUGCAGUCAACAUGGUUCCUGUAUUUCAAAUAAUACUUGUCAAUGUAAUAAUGGAUGGUUUGGAGCUGAUUGUUCAAUUCAUUCAUGUAAUGGAACAAGCUCUCAAGAUUUACAAAAUGUUUGUAAUAGAGGAAGAGGUCAAUGUGUUGACACUGAUCUUUGCUCAUGUAAUGAAACAUGGACAGGUCAAUUAUGUGAAAUUCCUAAAUGUUUUGGAGUGAAUUCAAGUGAUAUUUCAGUUUGUUCAAGUCAUGGUCAAUGUAUUAAUGCUGACACUUGUCAUUGUAAUAAGGGAUGGUUUGGUAGUAACUGCUCAAUUCAUUCGUGUAAUGGAACUAGUUCACAAGAUGUGAAAAACGUUUGUAAUGGAGGAAAUGGUCAGUGCAUUGGAACAGAGUUGUGUUUGUGUAACCAAAAUUGGGCUGGUCAGUUCUGUACUAUUCCUAAAUGUUAUGGCGUUAUUUCUACAGACGCUACAGUUUGCUCUACUCAUGGUAACUGUACUGAUGUUGGUUUGGUCCAUUAUGUAAUGUUCACUCCUGUAAUGGAACAAUCUCACAAGAUGUAA